AUGAACCCUCACCAGAAGAACAAGGUCGACAUCAAUUCGCUCACGCCCGACGAGCAGCGCCUCUUCCGCCUCUACGGCAAGCUGCCCUCGCGAUCCGACCACUUCGCCAAGCACCUCAAGGACCGCAAGUACUUCGACUCGGGCGACUACGCCAUGUCCAAGGCCGGCAAGGGCGACGGCGUCGACGCGGGCGCCGUCGGCUCGCAGCACCCCGUCCCCGAGAACAUCCCGCACCUGACGUCGCCCACCAACGGCGGGCCCAGCACCCCCGGGCACACGCACCGCGGCUCCAUCCCGGGCAUCCAGGCGGGCAGCCCCGUCAAGGAGGGCAGCUUCUUGAACCGGGAGACGUCGGCCGAGGGCGAGGUGACGCUGAGCGGCGACGACACCAAGAAGGACGAGCAGGAUCAGGCGGCUGACGAGGCCAAAGCCGUCGACGCGGGGCUUGGCGGGACGCCCAUCGCCGCCGGAGGGGCCAUGCCUGUCCGGCAAUAG